UGCAUGUGCUCAGCUAAAGCAUAAGAUCAGAAACUAAAUUUAGGAGAUGGAGAACUCUUAUGGGUAUCCAAGAAAAGCAAAGGAUGAUGUUUCUCUUCAAGAACUCAGAGAUAGGCUUGCUGAGUUUGCUCAAGUAAGAGGAUGGGAGCAGUAUCACAGUCCUAGAAAUCUCCUUUUAGCACUUGUGGGAGAGGUGGGAGAGCUGUCUGAAAUAUUCCAAUGGAAGGGAGAAGUAGCAAGAGGACUACCAAACUGGAGUUCUGAUGACAAGGAGCAUUUAGAAGAAGAGCUCUCGGAUGUUCUGCUCUAUCUGAUACGUCUUGCUGAUGUUUGUGGGCUUGAUCUUGGCCAAGCAGCACUGACAAAAAUAGUCAAGAAUGCAAGAAAGUACCCAAUUGUUAACCAAACAGCAACUUAAUUAAUUACAUGCAUGCUGUACCUCCAACCCCCUAGCGAGCUUGCUAGCUAGCUUAUAAUAAUUCCAUCCGCCCUUGUGGUUUUUCUCUAUAUAUAUAAUGAAAACUCGUUUCCAGAGUACUAUUUUAAUUCCCUGAUCUUUUAUGUAAGUUUAAGUACUUGUAAGUGAAAACGGUGUGCCUGCAUGCCGCCCAAGUACUACGUACUGUUUUGUACUUUGUCAUGUAUAUGAGAUCAUCUUUAAUCGAUCUCUUUAAUGAAAGCUAGUACUUCUUCAUGUUCAA